AUGGAUUUCGACACGCGCCGGCGAACUGAUGUCGAGGUCAAAGCGGAAGACGAUUCCGGUGACACAAGGAUGGCCGACGACAAGCCCACGUAUCGCUCGUGGAAGAAAAAAUAUCGCAAAAUGCGCAUCGUCUUUGAUCAAAAGAUGCAUGAUGGCGAAGAACUCCACAAACUAGAGCAAAGAGCGCUGGCUACCGCGCGCAGGCUUGCUGUCCAAAAAGACCGUCUACUUGACCUUCUUCUAGAUGUGAAUAAUUCAGCACAAAUACCCCCUUCGAAGCGUUUCGAUCUCCAUAUCGAUGCACCAUCAGAUAGCGAUGCUCUCUUCCUCGAGAUUGACAGGCCAUCGACGCCUCCUUCAACACCACAACCCUCCAGAUCCUACUGGCGUCUUCUACAAGACGUCCCUCACUCAACUUUUGCUUCGGCGGCGGAGCGUUUCCCCGAAUUGAUGGCUGACCUUGAAGCCGGCCGUGAUUCUCCAGCCGACUCCUCGCAGGGGCAGCCUCACCCCCCUUCUUUCCUGACAGCCGACGAUAUCGAUAACUAUAUAUGGGAGAUUGAUACGCGCUUGGCCAGCAAUGAAUACAAAAUCACUGGCGUCAUGCCGCCCCCCCUACCAACUCUUGCGCCGCUGGCUCAGAGCAAUGACACGGUUCCCAACAGUGCCAUAAAUGGUGCUAAAGACGUUGGCUUAGUGCCUGUGUCAACGAACCGUGACUUUGCGCUCCGAAAUCCAACGUCCGUGUACAACUGGCUUCGUAAGCACGCGCCUAAAACUUUCUUACAAGAUGCCGAGACACACGCAGCUGCCGACAAGGAGAAUGGAGACGAACACCCGUCAUCGGCGCGUGGGAAUGGGCGGGUGAAGGGCGAGCGUGGUACCGGUAGCGGCCGUGGAACCGGGGGGCCGCGCAACAAGAGAGCGAGCAUUGCUCAUAGCCGUGAGAAGGGCGGAUUGACGUUGGAGACCGUCGAGUUUCCGGAUGACGAUGCCGUAUACGACGCCGUGACGCCCACUACGGCUGGUAGCAAGGGUAAACGGAAACGCGUCAUCGACGAUGACCCGGGCUAUCGACCAAAAGGGGGCUCUAGUAGACCCACGAAGAAGAAGCGAAAGAGUGAGGGCGGUGGGCCUGAAAGUACACCAACGACAGGACCGAAAAGGUCUCGAAAAAGCGCCGCUGCCGCCGAGGACUAA